CACCAACAGACUGGACAACUGCCCAUCAUGUCCUCCCCAUUGAUCCUUCUCCCCGGCGACGAGGUCCCGUCAGAACAUCUCCCCUCCCACGAUUCCGCGCCGCUGAGACUGGGCCCCGGUCUUCGUCUGCUUUCGCAACCGUCUACAUCACCCGCGCCCACCGAUGCAUCCACCCAUGUCCUCUCCGCCACCCAGGCCGGUAUCCUUUCGACAGAUCCUAAAAGGAACGCAGUAUCGAUUCUCUCGUUCCCGAAUCGCCGCUACGUCCCGACCACGAAUGACCUAGUAAUUGCGCAAAUCCAUCACUCCAGUCCCGAUUAUUUCCACUGCAUGAUCACACCCCAGACCCCGCAAGCAGUGCUGGGACAGCUAUCGUUUGAAGGCGCGUCAAAGAAAACACGACCGAUGCUGAAACAGGGCGACUUGGUCUACGCGCGUGUAUUGUCCACGGGUCUGGGGCCUGGAGCCGAAAUCGAGCUCACCUGCGUCAACCCUGCGACUGGAAAGGCCGAGCCCGGGGGUCUGGGCCCAUUGACCGGCGGCAUGGUCUUCGAUCUUUCUAUUGGCAUGGCCGCCCGAUUGAUGCGAGCCGGCUCGUCUACAUCGGAUAAUGAAGACGGAGUGGAAGGACUGGUGGUGCUAGAGGAACUGGGCAGAAAACUGGAGAAAAUCGGAGGAUUCGAGCUCGCGGUCGGGCGAAAUGGCAAGGUGUGGGUGGACUGUGCGAACGGGGGAGAAUCGGCCGUCAAGGCGACGGUGGCGAUUGGACGGUGUCUCAAUACCAUUGACGAGCGCAAUUUGCAACCGGCAGAUCAGAGGAAGUUGGUUUCGAAGCUAUUGCGAGAAAUGAAGGUUGAGACCUGAAGCAUCUCUAGCGGAUACCAUCUCCUCGAGCCCUUUUUCGUAUUUUCGUCUUGGUUGAGGCUAUCUAUUAUUUAUGCAGUAAAUGUAAAUACGAUUGUAUACGACAGACCAAUUCUAACAGCAAGCAAUGGC